CUGGCCCUCUUCGGCUCCUCGUCAUCCCCCUUUCUCACGACGAGGUUGUUAGGGUUCGCUUCCCUAUCUCUGCUCCACUUCCGCGCCUCCCUCUUCAUCUUCUGAGCUCUGCGGUUGAUUCUGUCUGGUCUUUAUUCGACCUCGUGCCCGCUCCGGGCGGUUGAUUCGCCUGAUCUCGAAUUUGUGUCGUGAAGAGGAGAUCUGAGAAGGGGAAUGGUGGAGGUGGAGCUGCAAGGACUGGGUAUUGGACGCGAGUUGAGUUGCGGAGGGGGGAUCCGGGUUGGGAUGGGCACGUUUUGGUCCGACGAGGAUCGGAAGAUGGCGCUGGCAGUGCUCGGCCACCAGGCAUUCGACUACCUCAACGCCCGCCACGCGGCCUCCUCCGAUGGGCACCUCACCGCCGUGGGCGGAGGGGACGCCGACCUCCAGACCAAGCUCCAGGACCUCGUCGAGGGGCCCGGCUCCGUUGCCUGGGCCUACGCCAUCUUCUGGCAGAUCUCGCGGUCCGACUCCGACGAGCUUGUCCUCGGCUGGGGCGACGGUCACUGCAUCGAGACGGGGGACGAGGAGGAGGAGGAGGAGGGCUGCGGCUCCCGCCGCAACCCCCUAGACGGCGCGCACCAGAAGAUGCGGAAGCGGGUGCUCGAGAGGCUCCACGCGCUCUCCGGUGGCUCCGACGAAGAAAACUACGCGCUUCGGCUCGACCGCAUAACUGACACGGAGAUGUACUUCCUGGCGUCCAUGUACUUCUCGUUCCCCAAAGGCGAGGACGCUCCUGGAAGAGCGCUCGAGUCCGGGAAGUAUAUAUGGAUCUCCGAGGCGGUGCUGGCAUCGCCGGCGUGCUCCAAUCACUACGUCCGGGCGUUUCUUGCGAGAACGGCGGGUUUCAGGACGAUCAUCUUCAUACCUUUCGAAUCCGGCGUGCUUGAAUUGGGUUCGGUGGAUCCGGUGCCGGAGAGCUUCGAGGCGCUGUAUAUGAUUAGGUCCCUCUUUGGCCAUGGCCUUAGUAAGGGGGAGGCGGCGCCUGGCGAGAAGACAGACGAGAACAAUGGCCCCGUUUCGGUUUCGCGCUUUGGGGCCGACAGCGGUCAUGUCGCGGAGUAUCCCAAGAUCUUCGGGAAGAAUUUGAAGCUUGGGCACGCCCAGCUUAACGGGCGGGCUUCGAUCGUGAGCAUGGAGCAGAGGCCACCGGAGACGAUCGCGAAGCAUGGCGAUCACCAUCAGAAGAGUCCGCUGCUCCAGUGGAAACAGAAUCACCUCGUGAAUCCUCAUCAGCAGAAAUUUGGUAAUGGCGCACCAUAUGUUCGAUACAUAAACGGGGUAAUGUCGCCUCAGAAGCAACAGCUGCAGCCGCAGCGACAGCAAGCGCUUCCCCGGCCCCUGCCGCCGUCGGGGCAGAUCGAUUUCAGCUCAGCGGCGGCGGCGGCUGCAAAUCCCGCUCCCGCCGGCGUCUUGAUAGGUCGUGCGGGUGCGGUAGACUCGGAGCUCUCGGACGUCGAGGCACCUUGCAAAGAACACAAACCAGGCGGAACUGAAGAGCGCAGGCCCAGAAAGAGGGGGCGUAAGCCGGCGAACGGCAGGGAGGAGCCGCUCAACCAUGUGGAAGCCGAGCGCCAGAGAAGGGAGAAGCUGAACCAGAGGUUCUACGCCCUGAGAGCCGUCGUACCCAACAUCUCCAAGAUGGACAAGGCCUCCCUUCUCGGCGACGCCAUAUCCUACAUCACCGAGCUCCAGAAGAAGCUCAAGGAGAUGGAGGCGGAGAGGGAGAUGUGGGGCGACCCAUCACGUGUGGAUCACAAGCGGCCGCCGCCGCAUUGCCCUGAGAUCGACAUCCAGACGGCACAGGACGAGGUAAUCGUCCGGGUAAACUGCCCACUGGACAGGCACCCCGUAUCCCAGGUCAUCCAAGCUCUCAAGGAUUCACAGAUCGAUGUGGUGGACUCGAAGGUCGCUGCAACGAAUGACAGCGUCCUGCACACCUUCGUGGUGAAAUCGCCGGCCGCCGAGCAGCUCACGAAGGAGAAGCUGAUUGCUGCUUUGGCUCAUGAGUUUAGGGCAACAUGACAGUGUCCAAGCAGCCAAAGUAGCUGGAUAUUGGAACCAUUUGAUGUUCAUAGCUAUACAGAUCCGCCCAUUGUGUAGCAAUUUUACUAAGUACUUUAUUAGAUAAUUUCUUUUGUAGUAUUCGUCGGUCAUAUCUUUUCUAAUCUUUUGCUCAUUCCGAUGUCUUUAAUCUGCUUGAAUCCUCCUCGUAUCUGCAGUCCUGAUGAGAUGGAGUUGACGUUGGCCGCAAAAUCCAAUUCACUUCAGCUCUAAUAAGAAGAAAUGGGACUUGAUGCCAGUCUUGUGCAGCAAAAACCAUUUCCCUUCAGGUUCUUUCUCUAUGAAAUGGUUAUCUUUUCUAGUGUUCUCUGCCUUAAAAUCUUUUAUCUUACUAGUUGCAAUCUUCACAUGCCUUCAAUUUGUGUGCUAGCUUAUUAGUGCAAGAAACUCAACAACGCUUUGUUGCUCCAUCCAUGCCAGAGGAAAAAUCUUACGCUUAAGUCGGGUUAGGGAUGCCUAUCUAUGCGAUGAGGAAACUCGAGUCUUCAUGAACAUAUGAAAAGAACAAACAGAAGACAUUCGCAUGUGGAGAAUUGAAUAGUUUUUCUUCUGCAAUGGAUUCCCCUCGCCGACUCCAGAGAGGUGAAGUCCGUGUGUGCAUGUUCCAGCUUGGAAAGCUUCUUCCUGAUGGUGUCAGCUUCGGCACAACAUUUGAUUCAGUGGUGUCAGACCACGGGUUUCAGAUAAAAGUUCCAGGAGAGGCACGCGGCAACAGUUGACAACUUAUAAUAGUACCGGAACGGUUGGCUGCUCAGCUCAACCAUUUAAAGCAAGCGCCGAAGCACAUGGCAUACUUUUUGGUGCAAAGCCAACGUCAAAUUACACGCCAGCGUUCCGUUCCAGGAAUCAAGACGCUGCGCAGCAGGAAAAGGAGUUACAUGCACCCGUUUCAUGUGGUGCCAACUUUGGCUCCCAGGCGAAGAUUCUUGAGAAAGACUGCUGAGCUCACUUUGGUUUUGGUGGAGAUAUUUUUUUCUGCCCCACUUGAUCACUUUUGACCAAUUUGUGAAGGUAACACAUGGUCACUUUUGACCAAUUUGUGAAGGUGACACAUGGUUUGUAUCUGAUGGUAGUAUUAUCACCAACUCAUUAGCUGCCUGCUCAUUGCAACAUUUUUCCCUAUGGAUGGUUUGCGUAAACUUACAGCCCUCCUUGAAGAUUUGUCCAUGCAACUUGUUUGUACAUAUUCGAGCAGCAUACAAGGGUCUUGUAUUAGAUUUGACAAUCAUAUUUCGGUUAGAUCUCUUCA